CCCUACUGACGUCAUCGACUUUGGCGCCAUUUUGAAAAGAUAAACAGGCAACUCGUUUGUUGUGGCGAACCAAGAGAAUAUAAAACAUCCUUUCGUCGAUUAUGGAUGAAAUCCAUGCUGACCAUGCUGAACCUGAGCUGUCAGAAGGUGCUCGGGAGGAACUGAUGGACAUGUGUGAGCAGCAGUUUGCACUGCUGGAAAAGCUUCAGAAUGAGAUUAUACUGUGUGAACCGGACUUCAGUGAAAAUCCCCAAGAACAGUCAGUGAAUUGGCUGUUAGCAACACAAGCUGAACUGGAACAGUGGCAGACUAUGGAACCUCGACUGCUGGCACAAAACUCUGAGGUUUUAUUGAAAGCUGGAAAAGAAGAGAUGCUCAAGCUGUGCUCUGAACUUGAGUUGGUUCUCGCAUGCGCUGAAGCAAAGAGAGACAAAUUGAAAGAAACUAAGAAACUUGAACAGAAGUGGUUGGAGGAGAAGCGACAGGUGAUCAAUGCUGUCACCGACCACGCUAAACUCAUACAAGAAAACAAUGAGACAUUAUCAGAGCACAGUGUGCUGCAGGACACCAAGGACAAGAUCCAGAAAAUGAAAGUCUACCAGGAAAGGCUAAUGGAGUCAAUGGGAGAAAUUCUAGAAAAACAUGUUCCUCCUCCUCGCGAUGACCUCAGUGCAAACAAGAAAAAGAAUAUCCCAGAAGAAUCGAAUGAAAACUUGAUUACACUCAGUGAAAUUCUAGAGCUACUUAUGAACAAGUUCCUGAACACGCCACAUGACCCUUACGUGACAAUAGACUCCACUUUUUGGCCACCAUACAUUGAGAUUCUGCUCCGCCAUGGUAUUGCCGUGAGACAUCAUGAGAACAACUUCAAGAUCCGCCUGGAAAACUUUUUCUGAAACAGUGGUGCAUUUCUCUGUCCUUUUCAUAUCUGUGCAUGCUUUGGUGAAAAUCAUCAGUGAUUCAGUACAAUCUGUUUCACUAUAUGUACAGUGUAAAGGACACCCGGAACGUAUUAACUGCAUAUUUUCUACAUUUUCUUAUGUAGCACCAAACCUUUAUAUGUUAAUGACAUGAUUUCUUUUAAACAUUCCAUUUUGGACAAUGGCCGUAACAUAUAAUGUGGAAAUAAUGAAGUGCACCUACAUAGAGGGUACACUUGAACAAUCUAAAAAGCUGCAGUGUUUAUUAUUUAUUACCAUUUUUUUAAUGCAACUACCAACUACCCUCAUGUCCUCCUUCACUUCAUCCGUAAACCUCCUCUUUGGUCUUCCUCUACGCCUCCUACCUGGCAGCUCUCAACGCAACCAUGUCCCAACCAUCUCAGUCUGGCCGAUAACUGACUUUCUCCAAGGUCUCUAACAUGUAAUGUCCCUCUGAUGUACUCCUUCCUGAUCCUAUCCAUCCCGGUCACUCCCAAUGAGAACCUCAGCAUCCUCAUCUCUGCUACCUCCAGUUCUGCUGCUUGUCUUUUCCUCAGUGGCACUAGU